CAGAAUGUGACUGUAGAGUUUCUGGACUUCCAUGGGAGAGUCCACUGGCUGGCCGGAGCUGGCAACACCAACCAUACCCACUACUCUGUAGAGAUGCAAGUAUUCGGCAACCCCGUUGCCAUGGCGUGCCCCCUGGACAUUCCGCUGGAUGACCUUUUAAAGAAUUACAACGUCAGAGUGAGGGCGGAGCUGGAAGAGCAGGCGUCAGAAUGGACAUACCUGGAGCACACAGUACAGCCCUACUCAAACACAGUGUUGAGUGCCCCAGGUCUGAAGUUGUGGGUGGAGAACCAGAGUCUAUGUGUCGAGCUUCAACAUCCUGCUCAGAACAUCUUCAAAUUAUACAACAUCACACUGCUGAAGAAUGUUCAGGAACACAACGCCACGGUUAUGUCAGACAUUGAGUCGGGCUCAAAGAGAGUGUUCUCCCAUCUCAGUCCAGACCACACCUACUGCCUCUUGGCCUCAGCCAAUCACUACAGCCUACGCCGUCACAUGACUGCUCAGGGGUGUGUCAACCUGACGAGACACAGGCCAGAUACACAAGGUCAGCAGAGAUUGGUGGGCAUGGCUGUGGGCGUGUUCCUGCUUCUGGCUGUUCUGAUUGGUCCGAUCGCUGUGACACGCUAUGUCCUGAAGAGCACAGACCCCCACCCCACAGCUCUGGGUGUGUGUGUGCGUUCAGCAGGGUGCAUGGUGACUCCGGAACAGGUGGUGUGUCUCCCAGUGAUGUGUGGGACU